AUGAAACUACUUUGGAUACUUAUAAUUACUGUCCCUAUAUGUACUUCAGAAAGUGAUCCAUAUUUUAAAGAACCAUAUCGUCCCUUGGGACCUUUAGUUAAGUGUAAUUUUCUGCCCCUCGAAUUUUUGGACUGUGACGAGCCAGUUGAUCACAAAGGUAACGACACAGCUAAGAAAGCUGUUAGACACGGAUGUGUUAAAUUUGGUGGGGUUCGAUAUGAAGACGUAGAGCGGACUCAAGUUCAAUGUAAAGCAUUAGAUGGCAUCGAGUGUUACGGAAACCGAAGUUUUCUAAAAGAUGGAUUUCCUUGCGUUAGAUAUUCGGGACAUUACUUUACCACUACUUUAAUUUAUAGCAUAUUACUUGGUUUUCUGGGAAUGGAUAGAUUCUGUCUGGGUCAGACAGGUACAGCUGUUGGCAAGCUUUUGACAUUAGGAGGUUUGGGUAUCUGGUGGAUUGUGGAUGUUGUACUGUUGAUAACAAACAAUUUACAUCCUGAAGAUGGAAGUAAUUGGAAUCCAUAUGUU